AUGUUUAAAGAUCAAUUACAUUUUCGGGGUGGAUCAACUCACGGUCGACUUUUCACACGUAGAAACAACAUUGUCAAGUUUAUUCUAGUCAUUUUGUUGAUUUGUACCACAAUAUUAAUUGCGAUCAUGAAGCCUUGGGCUGAACAUGACGACUCACCAACAGUAUUUACCGAUGAGUCACCGCCAGAAUCAAAGACAGACAUUAAAAAAACAAAAAAGCCAUUAGUUUUACCAUCAGAGUUGAUAGCAAAAAUAGAAAAUAAAACAAGUCAUUAUAAAAAAGAACAGUUUACAGAAGAAGCUUUAAAGAAAAAUGGGCUGAUUCCAGUGACAGCAAUAUUAUUAGGUUGGAAACGUAGAGAAAGUUUACAAUUAGUAGUCAGUUACCUUUCAAAAUAUCCAUUUGUUAAAGAAAUAUUGAUUUGGAAUAAUAAUGAUGAAAUCAGGCUUAAUGUAAAGGAUUUUAAACUUAUUAAUAGUGAUGGAAUGGUUUUAAAUGUAUUUAAUUCAGAUGAAAACCUUCAUGAUUUAUCAAAGCAUACAACAUGCUCUAUGGCUAAAUAUGAUUAUUGUUACUAUCAAGAUGAUGAUUGGUUAAACAUGUAUAUGGAUAGCAUGUAUACUAAUUUCUUAAAUAAUCCAAGUUUAAUACAUUCAAACACAAUGCCAAUAAUUCACUUAGAACACAGAAGAUGGAUGUUUGCUAAUGCUGAUAAGAAUCUUCAUACUGGAUUUACUUGGUUUGGCUGUGGCUCUUUUGUUCCACGUGCAAAAGUACAAAGGUUUUUAGGGCAACUUGGAUCUAUUUCUUUGGCAAAAGAACGUUUAAAACUUUCAGACAUGUACUUUUCAAUAUGGACAAACCAAUAUCCUUAUCAAUUAUCUAAUCCUUUGACACCAUUAGAUCAGCAAGAAGGUUGGAGUAAUAGUGUUGAUCAAUGGGCUAUUGUCUAUGGAAAUAUUCUUGAUUCAAUACAAAAAUUAUAUACUGCUUUAGCUGUCAACACUGGAUCUGAAUUAUUUGUGCGUGAAGAAGAAAAACCAUAUUUCACACCAUGUUUAAAUGAUAAAUGCCUUUUCAUAACAAACAUUGAUCCAUUUCCACAUCCAUCACGUAUUUAUUAUGCAAAUAAUGUCACUCAUAUACAUGAACAUGAACACAAAUUUAAUGAAUUAGAUUUUCCUAGUAAUACUUUUUGGGAUCAGCAUGCUUAUCAUAAUGCAGUGGACCUUGAUGAGAAAACUUGCUGGAAUUCAUUUAGAAUUCCACAUGUUGGUGAUUAUUUUGGUUUACAGUUUGUUGAACCAAAGUCUUACAAAAAGAUAAAAAUAAUUUCCUCAAAAGAUAUAAGUAACUUUGAUGCAUCAUUUAAUAUUAAAACUUCUUCAAAUGAUACUUUAGAUAAACUUGAAACGAAUGGAGAUUCUAAUGUAUUAUACAAUUCAAUAACAAUAGAAUUUGAUUGUAUAAAUAAUGAACCAAUAAGCUUUAUAAAAGUCGAGGCUUCAAGAAAUUUCACUGAACCUUUUGAUAUUUGUUCGAUGGUUUUAGAUGAUAAUUUUAUUAUAUAA